AUGGUGAAGGCCGAAUUCUUGCACCCUGUAGGGGUUAACUACCUCUUCGCGCCCUGGAUUUCGUGGCUUCUCUUGCUUCAAUCGGCGCCAUUCGUCGCGCCGAAAACCGCCUUGUACCUGGUUCUGUGGUGGGUGUUUGCGGUGCUUGACGUGAAGAUCUACGGGCAGUGGUUGACGAAGGGGAAGAGGCUUUUAUCCUCUGCGGCGGCGAACCCCACGAGCCAGAUGUCGGUGAUAGGGAACUUGGUGGGGGCACAGGCUGCGGCGCACAUGGGGUGGAACGAGUGUGCGCUGUGGUUUUUUUCGGUGGGGAUGGUGCAUUACGUGGUGCUGCUUGUUACGCUUUAUCAGCGAUUAUCGAAUGGAGAUGGGGUUCCGGUGUUGUUGAGGCCGGUUUUCUUCUUGUUCUUUGCAGCGCCCAGCGUCGCAAGCUUGGCUUGGGAAUCCAUUGUUGGAACCUUUGAUACUGCUUCCAAGAUUCUCUUCUUUCUCUCCCUCUUCCUCUUCGCCUCACUGGUUUGCAGGCCAACCCUGUUCAGGAGAUCAAUGAGAAGGUUCAAUGUUUCAUGGGGGGCUUACUCCUUUCCCAUUACAGCACUUGCUCUUGUUUCGACGGAUUAUGCAGAACAAGUCAAAGGAACUUUUUCGCACAUCCUAAUGCUCCUUCUGCUGGCUCUUUCAGUUCUUGUCUCUCUUGCUCUUACGUUCUUUACUCUCCUCAACUCUAACAUGCUUCUACCCGAUAACGAUCCUAUUAUUGCAAGCUUCUUCGUUAACCCAUCUGUUACCAACAUAAAUUAUCACUAG